AAUGAGAAACGAUCCACUCGUAAAUACGGAGUAAUUCAUAACACACAACCAUAAAAUAAUCUGCUACAGGAAUUAUGAAGUUGUUUGUUGAGGAACGUUAAACAAUACAAAUUAUUGUGGAUGUUUGAUUCUUGUAUACGCUGGUUUGUUUAUUUCAAGCUGUUGAUGUAAUCCGACCUACUAUACAUCUAUUUAAGUGACGCAUAUUGGACUAUGACAACGAACAUUUGAUAGUGUACGACUGCACAAUUUAAAAACACAUUUUUCAAGGAUUUUUUCAUGAACUGAAACUUUUCUUUGUUGUUUGUAUGUAUUUGAAGCAGACGAUUUCUAAAACAGACGGAAUAUACCUUCAUCAUGACAAAUGGUACAGAAGACAGUUCUUCAAUGAUGAAUAAUGGUGUGAUGCAGGACAUAGGUAACCUGGCCAACAGCGUGACAGGUGAUGCACCAUCGUACGGCAAGGCAUGUGCAGGUUGUGGUGGUAGAAUCUUGGACCGAUUCCUGCUACAUGCGAUGGAAAGAUAUUGGCACACAGGUUGUUUAAAGUGCUCUUGUUGUCAGACAAAUUUAGAACAAUUAGGAUCGUGUUUUACCAGAUCUGGGAUGAUACUGUGUAAAAAUGAUUACUUACGGAUGUUUGGGUCCGGUGGAUUGUGUGCUGGAUGUGGACAGACUAUUCCGCCAAGUGAACUUGUGAUGAGAGCUCAAGCAAGCGUGUAUCAUGUGAACUGUUUCAAGUGUGUAACAUGUCACGCUCCACUUGCCCCAGGUGACAGAUUUUGUGUUAUAAAUGGUGGUGUUUUCUGUGAACAAGACUAUCCAAAAGUGCUUAAAGGACACAUGCCGAAUGGCUCUCCACGAGCAAAUCAUAAAGUACGAGAAAUGAUACAAAUGUCAAAUUAAAAGAUACAUUUUUUUAUUAUUUCUUGCGGUUCUAGUCAUGACUUCCGGUUUUUAUGAUCACAUAACUUUUUCAAUUAAAAAUAAUUUAAGGGCCAUGAUUAGGAGGAAAUUUGCUAGUCUUUCAUUAUUUUCAUUUACAAAAUAAAUUAGAAAAUUGAGAUUUUGUUCCGUCAUUAGCAUGAUUUAACCUGCAAAAGUAUACAACUUUCAUAUUUGGUACAUAUGCAUGCAUAUUUUGCAUCUGAACUAAUAUGAUAAUUCUCAAUGCUUCAUAUUUGUAAAUGAAGGACAGAUUUUAUUCUUAUGUUAUAUGUGGACAUAAAAUAUAAAUGGAGAUGACUGUUGCUUAUAAAAAAGAUUGUUUUCCAAAAUGUUACAAAUGACCAUAAUACACUUAUACAGUUGCCUGCAUUACCUGUUUCUGAGUAUUGUAUUUUCAUUGUUAUGUUGAUAUUUUGUUAUGAAAUGAUAUCUUGCAAGUGCUGGCAUGGUAAAGAAAAUUGUAUAUAUACAUUAUUAUUAUUAUUGUAUGAAUUUACGAUGACAAAUAAAAGUUUCUAAACAUA